AUGAUCUGGUAUCUCCUCUAUCCGCUGCGUGGUACGACUGAGCCACCACGCCUAUCCACAUCGCACCCCAUCCGCCGCGCAUUCCAGGCCCAUGGCACCGCCACUGCCCGCCAUUGGCUGCUCUCCAUCUUCGUGACCAUUAUCAUCUCCGUCCUCCUCUGCUACCAGGCUGUCUUCCAGGCGGACAGUUCCGCCGCUGCCGGUCUCCGCAAUCUGCCCAAGCAUGUCUGGACUUCCACCACCCAAGUCGAGGGAGAGCGUAUCCCCGAUGUCGUUGUGCGCCAGGUUUGGAUCCAUGGCGACUAUAUGAAGGCCAUCGAAUUGCCCGUGCUACGCCAGGCUCUGCAUGUUCAGGAAGCCCUUAUCAACAGCGGCUUCAACAAAGAUGCUGACGACGAUGCAAAUACCCUCCGAAACACCCUCGCCAGCACCACUCCAGGCUGCAUGACUGCCGGACCAGAGGAAAAAUGGACAUGGCACUCGCCUUUAAUGUACUGGAACUGUUCUCGGAGCGCCCUAGAUGACGAUGGCGACUUACUCGGCACCAUCAACACACACACACGCAUGCGCACGCCCCGCAACAUCACGCUGCGACCCAGCACGGUUUUUGCCGGAAAAUCUUUCUCCAACACCAAGCUUCGUGCUGCUGAUGCACUGGUCAUUACACUUUUCGAUCAGAACAGUUCAAGAUUAGGGGCUACAUGGAAUGCGAGAGCACGCACUCUGGCCGAGGAAAUAUCCGCCGAUUGGACCGUAUUCCCCCACGACGGUCAGGUUACCCACAGCCGACUAUUCGAGUUCAGAUUCAAGCCCAUGACUCUGAAUGACGACCUAUUUUUAGCGGCUUCCUAUCUUAUUACCGCAGUCUACGUGACAACGAGAAUGAAGCAGUUGCGAGCAGUCAAAAGCUGGUUUGGCUUGCUCAUCACCAUCUAUAUGAAGAUGGCCGUGUGUGUAAUCGCUAGUUUUACUCUUUGUACAUAUCUUGGAAUCGAUUUGGCACGGAUCCCCCGACCAUGGUUUCCUGUAGUAGUUUUUUGUUUCGGUCUUGGAAAUAUAUUUCGUUUGAUUAAUGUUGUACUGGAAACACCGCCAGAGAUGCCUCCUCACCAGCGCAUCGGCAAUGCACUCGGUGAGGUUGGCCAUCUGUCUAUUGCCAUUGCGUUUCAAAACCUCGCACUAUUGUACUUCUGCUCCCGGCUCGUCACGCCCUGGGUCGCCGAUUUUUGCGUUUUCGCAGCCGUCACGCUCGUAUUCGACCUCGUUUUUCAUUUGACCUUCUUUGUUGCUGUUCUUAGCGUUGACGUGCAGAGGAUGGAACUCUCCGACUCGUUGGAUCGCAUUAAUCUCCGCCAAAGCACCAAGAACAAACAGGCCGAACGUCAAUCCUGGCUUGAUGCUCUGCGAGAGGGCACGCUGCCGCUGAGCACACGCUUCGCAGGGACUGUAGCCAUUUUCUCUAUCAUUCUUGCCGUCAAUUGGCAUUUCUUCGACAGCGGUGACAAACCGCUGUCCUUCAACACGCUUCGGCAAAGUUUCACUUCGAGAAGGCGGAAGCGUUCCAUCGACACGAGCUGGAGCCAGCCGCCAAUCAACCAGGCUAGGACCCCCGCUGAUUGGCUUCGGCUCCAAGACCACAAUACGGCUCGAGAACUGUUUGGUUUCAUCAAACCUGGAGCCCAAACAUUUGUAGCUCGCAUAUACAACCCCAUACUGGUCGUCUCCAAGGAAGCACAAGGACGUGACCGGCCGCAACCACCCUCGUCCUUCGUAGAAGGGAUUCGCCGCUUUGCACAUGGACAUGCUUUCCCAGCAGCUUUGAUUACUGUUACCCUCAUUGCCAUUGUAGCCUUGUUUAUGAACUACCUUCUCUGGACGGGUCUUCCAAUUGGUACAGAGGAGAACGAUGAUGUAGAAACAGAGUUUUCAGUAAAGACACUGCCAACGCCACAAAACUUGGAUGUUGUCCAGUUAGCUGGUUGUCCAAAAGGCCAUCUUGCAAGUGUAUCGCUGGAUAGGAGUACUGCGAUAUGGCUACAUGGCCGCGGGGGCUACCUGCAUACUACCUUACAGACGGCGUCGAUGAAGCCGAGACUUUGGCCCAUCUAUGCUACCGCUAUCGACGACGGUGGAAGCAUGCUAGCGAUAUGCGGGCAAACUGGACAGAUUGGUCUAUGGGAUAUCCCUGCAUCGCGGUUUCUUAUGUUCCCGCUAAUCGACAUUCGGGGACAGGCGCCAAUACGGUUCAGCUUUGUUACGCUAAGAACGCGGACGGAUGCAGAGAGGCUAUACCUCAUCAUUGUCAGCCCAGAUGGACACUUGACGAAGCUGGAAGCACGCACAGGCAUCCACCACACCAGGCGUAUUGCCACCAGUUCAAUCGUGUGCAGCUCAAUCUACACCUCAGACAAGGGGGAUACUAGCCUAGUCUUUGUGACCAAGGCUGGUGAAGUGCACAUAUUGUCACUCAAGCAGGAGGAUAACUACACGUCAGAAGUGGUUGCAGGUCUGGAUCCAGGCCCACCUCCUGGUAGCAAUCCUGCAAAGAUACGGUGUAUAUACGCGGUUCCUAGUCUUGGGGUCAUGUUCGCGCUUCGCGAUGAAGAGGCGGAGAUUUUUGACUUUUCCAGCCGCGCUCUGGUGCACGCAUUCCAAAUUGGCCAUGUGCGUCCACACUCGUUCAGAGUGCUCCACUCUGUACGACGCGUGUGUCAAUGCGGUGCCCCUGCAGUCAACUCACUCUCUGUGGCAUAUGCAGAGCACAGUGCAAACCACAUGGUGAUGCAGACCUUCAGUCUGAGCGACAAGACUACUUCACAAAUUUGCCUUGGAAAGCCGCUAGACCGGGAAAAACACAAAUGUCGUGGUCUCGAAUGCGCAAAGGAAGCGGUCUAUUCUGUCGAACCCGCUGGGGCGUGGGAGUCGACAGAGACGCAGAGCGUGAUUGGAGUCAGAAGACGCGCACAAUUGGCUACGCCAUCAUCGACCCAUUCAGGGGCGGAAGAGAACUACCCAGGCGUUGAUGCAGUGGCGCUUGCGUCUGCAUUGAAGCAGCGUGCUCAACGCCAGGGGUACGUGAACCUAUCAAGAGUCGGGGACGCAACGUCGACUAAGAUAGACCCGAUGGAUAGCUCGUUUGAAGAUUCUGACGCAUGGGAGGUUUGGACACUGUCAACAGCGGGCGACUUUCGCUCGAGACCAUUGGUGCCCGACGACGUGGAUGAUGCAGCGACCGAGUCGUAUGAAGAUGAGUUGUUUGUGGCAGCACCUGGUCCGAUUGUCAAGCUGGGCAAGCGCAGUAUUGCAGUGGGAUUCGGUAAUGCAGUCAAGGUGGUUACGUUGGGCAAGGAGUCUUUUGACGGCCUGACGAGUGUACAGAGCGGCGCCAUGGACAUUGGUCUUGGCUCAUACAAGUGGAGAGCGCGGAAGGCCAGUGGAAGAAAGGUGCAAUAA